UUUUGACAUGGCUAUUGUUCUUGUUUCUGGCACUUUGGAGAUAUUCCUACAGGCCUGCGUUUGGAACAAAGACGUGGCAGGAAGAUGGAUUAAGAACUAAACUUUUUUUGUUUGUUAGUUUGUUUGUGUAAUCGUUUGCGGUAAUUAAAUAGUUGCACGACUCUUUUGAAGUUUUUUUUAACACGAUGGCAACGAAGAAUAAAUGUAGGUAGUCUCGUGUUAUAAGAGAUCAAACGUGGAGUGUUACGACUCUUUUUAAACAAAAAAGACACACACAAGCAUUUUAAUGAUUUGAAAAAAAAGGCUCAUUUUAUUUGGCGGUUACUUUUUGUUUUAGAAUAAAUAAAUUAAUAAAUAAAUACGGUCAAGGUAAUGAGUGUGGGUAUGUUGAGUAAAGCACAGCGGAGAGAUUAAACCCUUGUCUUUGAUGGAGUUUUACGCCGUCCACAGGGCCUUGGAUGGGAUCGUUACUCAGCAGCUGGAUGGCACGCCGGCACCUCGCUACCGUUUGACCGGGACACCGUUCAGCUUCCAGAUCGCGGGACGAUCCGGUCUGGACGCGCAGCUCGGAAGCGCACCUGGGCGCAGAGACGCGCACCCCCUUAAGCACUUGUGAUUAUUCCUGAUUAUUGAUUAGUCCUGACUGCGGAUUGUAUCACUUAUUUGGAAGUGUUGAUCCCGCGUCCCUGCCCUGCAAACCUGAUUGCAGGCGCAGGCAUGCAGCUGAACCGGCCCCGGAGCGCGCUGAUCGCCUUCAGCCCGCCGCCACAACAGCCGUCCGACCCGCACCCGAGCUUCUCCAGUCAGUUCAAGGCGAUGCGUUUUUCUUACCAUCUCAGCCCACAGCCCGGAUCCCGCAAAAGCGGCUCGUCGUCCACGUCCAGUCCCCGGCUCCUGACAAAGAGUCUGUCUCUGGAGCCAGGCCCGUGUCCAGGAGCCCAUGAGGUCCCUCAGCGUCUCUGUUCGGACCCCGGGCCCCUAGGACUGCAGCAUUGCAAUGGCACAAGCGAGGACGAGCCUCAAAAAACCCCGCCUCUGCCUCCUAAAACACGCCCCCCAUUACCCGGUCCCAAACCGCAAGUGCCCCCGAAACCACCGCACCUCCAACAACAGAGCGGCCGCCGACCACGGCCUCCGGACAAACCCCUGCCCCCGCCUCCAUGCCGCCCACUCCCAGCAGACCCUCGCCAAUCACGGACGCCUCUGACGCGGACCGAGGGAAGCUCCUCCCCGACCUGUGUCCUGUCACUCAUCGAGAAAUUUGAGAGGGAGCAAAUCAUCAUGGUGCCUGACAUCACAGGUGGAGUGAUGUGUGUGCCGAGGGUACCGGAACCACAGCCCACUACGGACGCGAUUUUACCCUGCACGUCCCUCAACGAGGACAUAGAGCCUGCUUCUGUCGAGAAGGAGCAGGAAAAGGAAACGGAAGAAGAGGAGGAAAACGAGGAAGAGGAAGACAAAGAGGACAGGGAGAUACAGGAAGACAUAGAGGACGAGGAUAACAAACUGGGAGCCUCCUGCUCAGAAAAGCGACUCUCCACAGAGUCCGGUUACGGCGCCUCCGAUAAACUCCUGGACGCAAUAGAGAUAAGAGACCUCGGCCAGUUGGAAAUCCCUCCUGACCGCUUGUCUCUUCCUCCGCAGCAAACGGACACUAAACUAACCAAUCGGGACAGCGGCAUCGACAGCAUCAGCUCUCCGUCUCACAGCGAGGAGCUGUGCUUCGCCGGAGACGACCGAGAGGUGUGCAUGUCUCUCCCUCGCCUCUCGUCCUCGUCCUCGUGCGGUUGUGUCGAAGGACCAGCGGGAGAAGGAGCUGUCGCUGCCGUAGAGGAAGGGACUCGGGACUCGGAGGGAGACAGCGAUUUGGAAGAAGGGAGCGGGGAUGAGAGCGAGAACGCCAUGGCCAUACAGCCUCAGCCCAAAGCAGAGAGACAGGACUCUGUUGAGCUAUCAGUGCAGCAGCGCGUGUUUAAAAUCGCCAGCGAGCUCCUCCAUACGGAGAAGGCGUACGUGUCCAGGCUUCACCUCCUGGACCAGGUGUUCUGCGGGCGGCUGAUGGAGGAGGCGCGAGCAAGAGGCUCGUUCCCCUGCGAGGUGGUGAUGGGCAUCUUUUCCAACAUCUGCUCUAUCUACUGCUUCCAUCAACAGUUUCUGCUGCCAGCGCUGGAGAAACGCAUGGAGGAAUGGGACGUAAACCCGCGGAUCGGGGACAUCCUCCAGAAACUCGCUCCCUUCCUGAAGAUGUAUGGCGAAUACGUGAAGAACUUCGACACGGCCAUGGAGCUGGUGAACACCUGGAUGGAGCGCUCCUCACAGUUCAAAGCCAUCGUUCAUGACAUUCAGAAAGAGGAGAUGUGCGGAAACCUCACCCUCCAGCACCACAUGUUAGAGCCCGUCCAGAGGAUCCCUCGAUACGAGCUCCUACUAAAGGACUACCUGCACCGGCUGCCCGAGGACGCCGAGGAUUUUAAAGAUGCACAAAAGUCCUUGGAGUUGAUUGCUACAGCAGCCGAGCAUUCCAACGCGGCCAUUAGGAAAAUGGAGCGCAUGAGAAAGUUGCUGAAGGUGUACGAGCUGCUUGGUGGAGAAGAGGAUAUUGUGAAUCCUACUAAUGAGCUCAUUAAAGAGGGACACAUCCUCAAACUGUCAGCCAAAAACGGAACCUCGCAGGACAGAUACCUCAUACUGUUCAAUGACAGGUUGCUGUACUGUGUCCCAAAACUCAGACUGAUCGGACAGAAGUUUGGAGUGCGUGCUCGGAUUGAUGUAGACGGCAUGGAGCUGAAAGAGACGAGCAGUAUGAACAUGCCCCGGACGUUUCUGGUUUCAGGGAAACAGCGCUCUCUCGAACUACAGGCCAGGACAGAAGAAGAAAAGAAAGACUGGAUUCAGGCGAUCCAGGCCACUAUCCAAAAGCACGAGCAGAGUGUGGAGACGUUCAGGAUGUUGAACUGUUCGGUGCGCGAGGACGACUGUACGCCUCCCAACUCUCCGAACUGCACGGAGCUGGGAAAGCGUGCUCCCACUCCGAUCCGGGAAAAAGAAGUAACGCUGUGUAUGAAGUGCCAGGAGCCGUUCAACUCCAUCACUAAGAGACGCCACCACUGCAAAGCAUGCGGACAUGUGGUAUGUGGGAAAUGCUCGGAAUUCCGUGCGCGCUUGUUGUACGAUAACAAUCGAGCGAAUCGGGUGUGUAUAGACUGCUAUACGACGCUGGUGGGAGUCCCGCCUUCUCCGGCCAGCUUGACCAAUAGCACUCAGAGGAGACGCUCCAUUCUAGAGAAACAGGCCUCUGUGGCGGCGGAGAACAGCGUCCUCUGCAGCUUCCUGCACCACAUGGAGAAGGGCAGCGGCCGCGGCUGGCAGAAGGCCUGGUUUGUCGUCCCUGAAAACGAACCCCUGGUGCUUUACAUUUAUGGUGCUCCACAGGAUGUCAAGGCCCAGCGCAGCAUCCCUCUCAUCGGCUUCGAAGUCUCCCUCCCCGAGUCAUGUGACCGUCUGGAGCGGCGCUACGCCUUCAAAAUGAGCCAGAGUCACCUGACUGUUUACUUCAGCGCCGACGGGGAAGAGCUCCAACGCCGUUGGUUGGAGGUGCUCUCCAGAGCCGGGAGAGGGGAGGAGCUACAAGUGCACGGUUCGAUCUCGGAGGCUCUGGAAGAAGAAGCGGAGGAACAGAGCUCUCUAGGAGAAAGCACAUGAUCGCUUUAUGAAAGCUCUCGUUUCUUUUUCUUUUCUUUUUUUUGCACACAUGAACUGUACAAAUGUGACGAGAAGGACAGUUACCUGCCAUAAAUACACACAAACACACAUUUAGACGUGCACACACACACAAACACACACAACAAGUUUUACACAAACCUCUUCUUAUCGUCAGUCGUAAGUUGCAUGAAAUAGCUACAGGUACUAUCCUGUGUGUAUUGCUCAUCCUCCGUGAGUGUGAUCGCCCUGCACAUGGUGCGUCAACCGCCGUGUCAGUAUAGUCACCCUGCUUAAUAUCGUCUCUCCACCUCCGCCGGCUGAAGAGUUCACUGUUAGACAGAUCUGCUUUUUUUUUUUUUUUUUUUAUCCAAAAAUGAGUACUGUGCUGUUUUUUAAACAACUGAUCUCUUGCCAGAGUUUCCGUGCUUGUAAACGUGUUGUUUUGGGGAGAAGACAUUGUGAUCAGGUGACUAGAAAAUACAAACAAGCAUUAACAGGGUCAGGAUAGAGAAUAGUGCGGUGGAUAGACAUUUUCAUCUGUAAGGUGUUUUUAGUUAUAUAAAGAGCAAUCCAGUGGUGCAAGUAACCAGGAAUCUCAUAAGUAAAACGAAAGAAUUGGUUUGAAGGUGUAUCAUUUCCUUCUUCCUAAGUAUAUAGUGCGUUCCCUAAAAAAAGGGGUGUUGAGAAUUAAAUAUACAUGAAUCCUAAAUAUACAUUAAUAUCUAGGUUAUAUAUAUAUAUAUAGUAUAUAUUAUGCUUUGUAUGGGUCAAAGGAUUUGCACAUCAUGCUGUAUAACAACAGUAUUUAAUAUUGAAAUAGACAUUUUAAAUUGGAUAUAUAUACGGUACCAGUCAAAAGUCUGGAUGCACCUUCUAAUACAAUGAUUUUUUUUUCUACAUUCUAGAACAAUAAUGUUUUUUGUUUUUUUUUCAAAAUCUAUGAAAUAACACAUAUGGCAAUAUGGUAAUUAAGCAAAAACAACAACAACAACAGUCAGUCAUUAUUUUAAGACACAAACGUCAGAUGUUCUGGAACAGUAUAAUGCAAAGUUGAGUGCAUUUACAAAACGCAUCAAGCACCAUGACGAAACUGUCUCUCAUGAAGACGUUUACUGGAAAGCAAGACUAAAACCUCUGCUGCAGAGGAGAAGUACAUGUAGAGGUACCAUCCCCAGAAAUCACCAAUUUACGGCAUUUUAGAUUAAAGUCCUUAUGAAGGCUUUACAGAUCAUAAGUGGCAGAUACAUCUCGAUAUUAACUGUUCAAAGGAGAUCAUUGCAUAUUUUGGAUAUGUAGAAAGAAAUAGAAAUCAGGAACAACCAUGGGAUCAGAAGGUGUGUCGAAACUCUUUGGGAACGCCAGUUAGCUAAAUCUGCAUAUCUUUGGACUGUGGGAGGAAACCGGAGUACCCGGAGGAAACCCACCAACCACACGGAGCAGAGGCGGGAAGAACCCUAGAGGUGCAAAGCGACACUGCUAACCACUAAGCCACCAUAUAUGUAUAUGAAGAACUUUCGUAGUACUUUACAUAUAUCUCAACAAUACAGUACCUUGCUGGAGAACAAAGUAUAGCCGCAAAAUGUAUAAUUCUUUUUAAAUUAAAUCAUGUUUUUUUUAUUGGUUUUUAAAUUACACUUUGAUUUUAAUACAUUUUAUUCAAGUAGUAGAACCAAAAAGGAUUCGUUUGCUUGUUAUUAACAUUGCAAUGGGCCAGGUCACUUAGACCCAUACACAGUAGUAUGUACUAUAGUCAGGAUUAUGGCACUCGAAUCUCUUGUGCCACUUGGAGUCACUCGACUCGUAGCUCUGCUGAAUUUUGUCAGGCUGACCUUUUACGCUGACUGAGCAUCCAGAAAAACCCCCAACCAUAAACUUACCCACAGAAAAACAGACAACCUCCAGCACCAGGAUAGCUCCAUUGUGCCACCCUAUGGCCAUUUACUGAACUGCAGCUUUGCAAUAUUUGGCUUAAUCUCAAUGUACACAAAAAAGAGAAUCUCUGCUAAAAACCUAGGAUUAAUAAAACUGUUAAAAGUCUCAAUUAAACAAUAGGGCUCUAAAUCCCAGUGCUAAUAAAAUUUUUCCUCUGAGCUAAAAAAAAAAAGACUAGUCAUGAGAAAUGUGUGUCGAGUGUGCAGUAGUGUUUGGUUGGAUUUCGAUACUGGGAGACUUUGUAGACUGAGAGCGUGAGAAAGAGAGAGAGAGUGAGUGAGUGUUCAUGAAGCCGACUAGUUUUUAAUUUGUGAAAUUUCUCUCUUAUUAAGGUAAACAUGGGUUUUUUGAUAAGAACCUAAAGGUUAUAUAUAGAAUGAAACAGGGCAAAGGUUUUGAUGAUCCUAUUGCGCAUUUUAAACAGUGUUGUAUUUGUGUAUGAAAAGUGGUAAAAGAUACAAAAUCGAGUCUGUAAAUAUAUAAUUUAUUGCUCAGAACCCAGUUUUGUGGGUCAGGUGUUAUCUCCGAGCUCGGUGUAAAAUUUAUUACGUGGCCAUUUGGACCGACAUCCUGAGCAUCCUGUGGAGACCGUGCGUCUUUUUUUAUACUUUCCUCAAAAAAAGUCGAUAUGUUGUAUUAGGAUUCUGUCGAUAAAUUGGGAUCCCCCGGUAUGAUUGGGUCGAGUUGCUCAUGCUGGAUUGCUGGAACUCUUUGUGCUUGUCGGGAAAUGUUUUGGAUCUUGCUCUCUGUUCGUCAGAAAACACCAUGCUUGAUUGAGCAUAGUCUGCCCGUUCUUUAGUUCAGUGACUUUUUUCCCGUGUUGCCUGAUUGUCUCUCACUUGAAAGGGUUAACAAACAAAAAAAAAAAGAGUAAUCACAUGAGCAGUGGACUGUUUACUGUAUUUUCUAGAUUAUUAAAGGUUUACUGUAUUUUCUGGACUAAAAAAAUCACAAUUUAAGAUAGUAUACAUACAUAUAUAUCAUCAUAGUGCAUUGAACUGCCUGUACUUUUUGCAACAAAAAAAGGCAAAUUAAACAUCAAAACCAGCUGAUACUGAUUUAAAAACAAAUGGCACAAUAAUCUAUAUCAAAUUAUAUUAUAUACUAAACAACGCGUCAUUAGAGCAGCGGUUUCGCUUUUCACCGUCCCAGUGUUACGGAUUAAAAGCGACAUUUUACAGCACAUAAAUAUUUCUAUACAUGCAUUUCAUUUAGAUUUAUAUGUCUUAUACUCCAGAAAAUACGGUAAUCGCCUUAGAGAAAGAGAGUCUCCUUGAAUGUCUGUAUGCGUGUGAGUUCAUACUUCAUACUGAUCAUCACCCACUCAUCAGUCAUCAGUUGAGCCUGCCACGCGUUCACUCAUGCAGACCUCCAGCAUCCCAGAUAUCUGUUUACCUGUUUUUGAAUUUUCAUCUUUGUUACAAGUUCAUGCUUUUUGCCAUUCCUUUUUACACACAGUACUGUGCAAAAGUCUUGACCCCCCCAUUUCCUCAUUUUGCUUUCAAAGAUCUUGUAUUUUUUAACUUAUGAAAUAGUUCUCUAGGCUUACCUUUUCUAUCCUAUUUUCAGUCAAAUCUCUGUACCUGACCCAGUUUCCAAUUAAUGUUCUUUAUUUGUUAAGCCACACGGUGAUCAAUGAAUCAUUUAAGAAUAAAACAAUCUAAAUUAAGACAUGAACCAGUGAGAAACAGGUGCUUGAUAUGAUCAGAUCAGUGAAUAUUAUACUGCUGAUGCUGAGUGGAUAGAACAGACGAGAGGGGAAACGAGGUUGCUGCUGAGCUUCGUGUGUAAACAAAUGAUUUUUAAAUUGUAUCUUUGGGCACUUUGCAGCCUGUUGCAGUAAAAAAAAGAAAAGAAAAAGAAAUUCUCCGAUUCUGUCCCCAACUGUAAUUUAAUCUACUUAAUUGAAUUUAUGAAGAAAUGAGGAGUGGCUCAAGACUUUUGCACAUUACAUUAGAAUUUCUGUUGUAGAAAAAAAAAAGCUUUUUUUGCCAAAGUAUACUGCAGAAGGGAUGUAUUAUUGUGUUGAUGUAUUAUUAUUAUCUAUGUGUUUUUUUACCACACAUAUUUAUUGUUUUUUUUUUUAUACUUUUAUAUAGUUCUUGCUACGAGAACUAAACAGCAGGAACGAUUGUGUGCAGAACAGAUUCAUAAUGACUACGAAACAGCAAAAAUCUCAUUUCAGUUUUAUGUAUCAUAUACUAGAACUUCCUUUCUUUCCUCUGGUAGCAUGAGUGAUGCCUUUUUAAACAAUGACUACAGUAUACAAACGCAGUCAUGCUACUUUUUGAUUCUGUUUAUCACUAAACUGUCAUUUUAGGCGUCAGGAUGCAAGAUUGGAUUUUGUCUCCUGCUUCAGUGUAGCAUUUAAUUUUUUUUUUUUUUCACACAAGUUUACCAAGAAGCUGUCGGAAAAUCUACUUUGGAAAAGCACUUCUUUCCACAAGAGUGUCAGCGUAUUGCUGUCUUUAGACGUAAAUUAGACAUGCCAUAAAUUUGACAGGAUCUUACACACUUAAUUUAGGGAAAGUGUCUAGAAGAAGCAGCGCUUGACGUUAAUCUUUUACACACUCAUAUCGUUUUUAUCCUUCAGGGUUAUUCGGCAGCGCUGUUUUAAAAAGUGAAGGAAGAUAAAUUAAGUUGAAGCAGGCAUUAUGGAUGUUUUUGCCCUCACUACUACAUUUAUCUCUAGACCACGUGGCUGUCGGAUUUUUUUAAGUGAAGAAUUAAGCUCUGGCAUCUUGCCUUGUGGGACAAAAAUGUUUAGUUUGGCUGGAAAUCGUGUUUGUUAAAUUUUAUCGGAGAGGUCGCCUCCACUUUCGCCACCAUCAGAGGCGACCUAGCUUGACUAAAGAUAAAAAACCAUAUUCCUGUGUUGACUUGUUCAGAAAAAACAGCACUAACAUAUUUGCAUUAUGCAAAAUGUGUCAUUUAUGUUUUUUUUAUGUUUUGUUUUUUCAAAAUCACCAUGUUAAUGUCAUAGGUCUUUUUUUGUUGCCUUCCUUCAUGGAAUCUGUAUAAAUUUGCUGUACACAUGAUGAGUAUUACUGUUAUUACAAGUACUAUUCUAAUUAUUAUCGUUAAUUAUAUUAGUGGCAGGCCACUGGGUACCAUUGUAUGUUGAUAACCCAAUGAAAAUCUGUGCAAGAUCAUGAAAUGUUUAUGAAUUAAAGGAAUAAAAAACA